AUGGCGGACAGUCGCGCUGAAAGUGCUCUCUCUGGCUUUUUCGCUUUGCUGCUUUUGUCUUUGUUUUUGCAGCAAGUUAUACAUAGCAGACCAUACAAGGAUGAUCGGAGUCAUGUUCUCAUGGGUUUGGGAUAUGAUCUCGAGUUUAUUGGUGGGCAAAGUGGUGUUUGUUAUCAUAACUUUGUGUGUAUUUGGAGCUGGCGGGUAAAGUCGAAGGUCACAGUUAACGAUUGCAACCAUCUUUGUGGCUGUUCAAUUUCGUAUUAUCCUAACUCAACAGCAAAAUUUCGUCCUGUGCUUUUGUUGAAAUACGAUAUCGAAAUCAAUCCUGGACCUGGCACACAAAAUUCAACGAAUAUCUUGCAACACAAGCUGAAAUUUCUCUCCCUCAAUUCUCGAAGCAUAGUAAACAAAGCAAAUCAUUUAACUGCCCUGGAAAGUGUCAAUGAACAUGAUUUGAUUGCUAUUGUUGAGACAUGGCUUAAUCCUACAAUUAACGACGCUGAAAUAUUAUCUCCAAGUGACUUCUGUAUUCAUCGUCGAGAUAGGACUGACAGACGGGGUGGUGGUGUUAUGUUGGCAGUCCGGAAGCCAUUGUAUUCGACACGAAGAACUGAUCUAGAGACUGACGCUGAAAUCCUGGCUUGCGAGGUGAGACCGACUCAAAAGAAAAAAAUCUUAGUACUUGUUUUCUAUCGCCCGCCUUCAACAAAUCAUGUCUAUAUGAAUGCGUUCAAUAAGUGUUUAAAAAAUGCAAGAGUGGCCCGUUUUACUCAAAUUGUUGUACUGGGUGAUUUUAAUUUGCCAGAUAUGAAUUGGAAUACAAAUUCAAGUACUAAUAAUGGAACUGGUCAACUUUAUGACAACUUUACUAAAGCUAUUCGGGAUAAUUUCCUAUGGCAAUUGGUCGACCAACCAACUAGGAAGGAACAUAUUUUAGAUCUUGUUCUCACAAAUAUACCCCAUAAGAUAAGUAACUUAGAAAUAUUCGACGACACCAUAAGUACAGACCAUAAAUUGAUUGAGUUUUAUUUGGACUUUAAUAUCCCUAAACGGAAUAAGAUUAGCAAAAGUGUUUUUAAUUUCAAAAAAGCAAAAUGGAAUGAACUUAAAAUUGCGUUAACAUCUGCCUCUUGGGAUCAAGUGUUUGUUUACGACUGUGUCAAUGCUACCUUGUCAAGUUGGACAAAAAUGUUUAUGGAAAUUGUGGAAAAGUAUGUUCCUAAAAUUGAAAUUAGGAACUCAAAUAGCACUCCAUGGAUUGACCAGGAUGUAAUUCGUCUUCUUCGAAAGAAGGACAAACAAAGGCGUAUCGCAAACAAAAGCUUUGACAACGAGGAUGUAAAUAAGUAUAAGCAAUAGCGUAAAGAAGCCAAACAACUUAUCGAAGCUAAGUAUACUGAAUAUUUAAACAACAUGCGUAUGUCUAUAAAAGAGAACCCCAAACGAUUCUGGUCGUUUGUAAGAGCUAAAUCUGCGAAGCCUGGUAUACCGGAGUUUGUCAACUUUUCCAACGCGUUUGCUUCGACCCCUGUCGAUAAAGCCAAUUUGUUUAACGUUUAUUUUCAGUCUGUUUUUACAGCGACUGAUAAUGUAUGCAGUAAUAAUGACUAUGCAAAUUUAGACUCCCACACGUCAUUAACAAACAUCACGCUAUCUGAAAACGAAGUGCUUAACCGCCUACAAAAUAUUAAUGUCUCGAAGGCAAGUGGUCCGGAUGGUAUACCAGGAAGACUUUUAAAAGCUAUUGCAACCGAGAUAACACCAUCCCUGACUAAAGUUUUUAACUUAUCGUUGUGUUCUGGAAAAGUGCCUUCAGCAUGGAAAACAGCUCUUAUAACUCCAAUUCUAAAAGAGGGUAAUCCCCAUGUAGUGACAAAUUAUAGACCCAUUUCCCUCUUAUCGAUUUUGUCGAAAGUCUUGGAGAGAUGUAUAUAUAAUCAUUGUUACGAGUUUAUACAACAUAAACUAACCUUCUAUCAACAUGGUUUCGUUCAAGGCAGAAAUUGUGUUACCCAGCUCGUCCGAUUUUAUCAUAAAAUCCUUGAGGCUUUAGGUAAUGGGCAUGAGGUUGAUACAAUUUACUUAGAUUUUUCGAAGGCCUUUGAUCGAAUCUCACAUCAUCCACUUCUUGACAAAUUGAAACGUCAUGGCUUUGGAGGGACACUUCACGACUGGUUUGCGGACUAUGUUACUGCAAGAUCCCAAAAAGUUGUAAUAGACGGUGACUGCUCAGAUUUACUAAGUGUUACAUCAGGG